AUGGGAGCGGUGACCGCCCCGGGCGGGAGCUGCGGCAUCGAUACCAGCAUGCGUAGGUGGCGAACGUACGGGCGAACGUACGCGCGCGCGGUGCUGCCAUGGCAGACCGCGUCGCCCGCGCCGCCGUCGCGCGUAUCCCCCUCGCGCGGCUACGACCACGCGUCGGGCCGCCGCGACUUCGGGGCGACCGUGGCGCGCUCCUCGAAAGCUGCGAAGAUGGGGAGGUAUCCACCGGUGCCGCACGUGGAUACGCAUCCGCUCUCCCGACACGCGCGCGAGCGCGCCGCGACGGACGAGGACUCCAUGGACGUCGCGGCUCUCUGCGCGUCGUGGCGCCAGAGCGCGGGCAAGCCCGGCGCGGCCGUCACGCUCGAGGUGGAGCGAAUGCUCCGAAACGACGACGCCGACGCCGCCGCCGCCGCCGACGCGUCCCCAUCCUCCUUGACGCUCGUCGACCCGGACGCCUCCUCCCCGCACUGGCGCCUCCUCCUCACCAACAAGAACGAGAACCUCUACAACGCCUUCGCGCUCGAGGUGGCCGCGUGCGCCCCAGACAGCGUCGGCCUCGCGACGGGUCUCUUCGCAUCCCCCUCGACACCCGCCGCCCCGACGCUUGCGCGCAUGGCGGGACUCCGCGCGGUCGUCGACCCGCUCGCCACCGGCGAAGACCUCGCAUCGCUCCUCGACGCCGUUCGCGCGCUGGCAGUGUCCAUCCCGCCGCUUCCGAACGGCGCUCCGACGCCGGUGGCCUUGUACCACGACUGCGUGGCGAGAUACACAGCUGUGCGUAAUCUCGGCGGAGACACAGCUGUGCGCGGCGGAGACACAGCCGUGCGCGCGUCGAGCCCUGACGUCUACGCGUCCAUAGGCGACGUCGUGUCGACGUGGACGCCCUGCGGGUUCAAGCACGGCGUGUACGCCCGGUUCAAGAACCCCAACGACCCACAUACUAUAGAGGGCCUCCGGGAUACGCUUCGAUUCGUCGUCGUCGAGUUAAGUCGAGGGUACGUCUUCGGGCUCACGACGUUCGCGCCAGCUGUGUACCCGCCGCGGUGCGAUUGGAACAGGAAGCCGAACAACUACAGCGCGGGGACGCGGCCGGAGGUGGCGGCGGCGGCGCUCAACGCGGUGCUCGCGGGCGGGAAGGGGAUGCAUCGCGGAUCGAUCGCGGCGGGGCGAGGGGAAGGAUCGGGGAGAGGAUGGUGGGGAGGAGGGGAUGAAGGGGGGACUGGGACGGCGAGCGUCGUGGUGGAUCCCUGUUGCGGCGGCGGGACCAUCUUACACGCGGCUUGGAGUCGCGGGUACGCCGCCAUCGGCGGCGACGUCAACGCGCAGAUCGUGCUCAACGCGCGGGGGAACAUCGCGAGCUUCGUGCCCUCGAUGCCGGCGGCGCACGCCGUGCUGGCGGCUCUGGAUGAGGUCACCUCCGAGGCAGAGGAUGAGGUCACCUCGGAGGAUGAGGUCACCUCCGGGCUCCUAGCCCCGCCGCCGCGGAUCCACGAGGCGGACGCCACCGCUCAAUCCACGAACUGGGUCGCGAACGCGUCCGCGUGGCUCGGGCGACACCCCGAUUCCGUUCGCGUCGCCGCCGUGGUGAGCAACCUUCCCUUUGGCCGAAACGUGUCGGUGGGCGGUAAAGGCGGCGGCGGUAAGUGGUGCACCGCCGACGCGGACGAGUACGUCCCGCUGCUCACCGCGCUGUUACCCGUGGCGCCGCGGCACGCGUUCGUGUCCGGGACGCCCAUCGCGGAGACGAUGCGCGCGAUCGGGUACCAAAACGUGUGCGAGGUUCCCGUGUGCCGAUUCGGGCGAAUCUUUCUCGCCGUGGCCAUGGGCGACGACUCGCAGUGGCCGCGCGGCCCCCUACGCCCCGCCGUGAACUUCACCACGGAGCAGGCGAUCGGGGCGAAGGCGACGCGAGGGUACGUGCGCAACCCCGACCCGGACUGGGUCGAGGCGAGAGUGGGCGCUUCGGUCGGCGCGACGGGCGGCGCUUCAACCCGAAGGUCGGCCAAGCCCCCGCUGCGAAUCGCCAUCGACACCGGGUACGAUCAGGACAGCCAACGCGCGGUGCGAAGCGUUGCGAAGCAGCUCGCCGAGUGCAUAGGCGUCAAGCGGCGCGCGCUCAAGGUGGAACCCUCCCAGGUCGACACAACCCCGGUGGACGUGGAUCUCACCUUUGCCGGCUGGCGCGGCGUCGUUGCGGCGCACGCGGCGGAUCACUUCAACGCCGACCGAUGGUCCGAGGUGCGCAAAGACCCGCGCGACGUCGAGGACAUAUUCAUGCGCGGCGGCGACGGCGGCGGCGACGGGGUGGACGGCGUGGACGGGCCACCUGAAGGAGGCGCACCUACCGCGAAGGUCGUGUACCUCUCCCCGGACGCGGAGGAGGUUUUGGAGGAUGUGGAGCCCGGGACGGUGUACGUCAUCGGCGGCAUCGUCGACCUCGCGGCGCGGGGCGUGGCUUGGAGUCUCCCGAAGGCAAACGCGCUGGGCGCGUGCGCGCGGCGUUUGCCCGUGCGCGAGCACCUCCCGCUCGUCACGAACCAGAUCCUGAACAUCGACACCGCGAUGAAGGUGCUGUGCGAGAGGUACUCGGGGAAGGAGUGGGGGGACGCGCUCCGCGCGGCGUUGCCCCGGCGGCAGCAGGGCGAGCGGCCGGCUCGAUUUAACAGACCGCAGAGGACCGCGGGGGACGGGGACGGGGACGGGGACGCCGCGGCGAGGGCGCUGCAGAGCGCUGAGAUGUGA